AUUCCCACAUAAGAAAAAAUCGAAAAAUGUCAAUUGGAGUUUUCAAAUUAUCGCUGAAACAAAGGCGUACAUUGGGACUGGUGUUUAACGCCCUGAAUUUCCUACAGAUAAUUUUUGGUCUCUCAAUCACAGUGACCUCAAUUUAUAUAGUUUUAUCCUUUGCUCCAAUAUUGUAUUCCGAGAGAUCGGAGAUCAACUUCGUUUUCAUCGUGACCGGAAUAUAUGGGACACAUGUUAUAUUGCAUUACCUUAUGGGUAUCAAAAUUUGCGAAAAAUGUUUGAAUCAGCCGCAAAAGAAAAGUACAAGUGGUUUACUCUUGCUGUGGACUUGUGCAGGUGGUAAUAUUUUGCUCAACUUCGUAAUAAUUUGUUCGAUUUUACGCAAGGUGAGCAAGCACAUCGUUCGCUCGAUGAAACAUUCUCUACAACAUGGUAUGAGAAAUUACUUGAAGGAGCCUUCAUGGAAAGAAACCAUCGACAGGCUUCAAUACCAGCUUGAAUGCUGCGGAAUUAGUGGUUACCAAGAUUGGUAUGAUUUAGAAUGGCUUACGAAGUACCACUAUAAUGUAAAUUCCGAUGUGAUUAAGAAAUUGAAAAGUGAAUCAGAAACUAACAGUCUGGAAGUUUUACCAUGGAGUUGCUGUAAAGUUGACUUCCCAAUGCAGUGUCUGCAUGACCCCAUACAGCAGACACAAUCAGUUCAUAUUUGGUCUGACGAACCAACUAUUGUGACCAGUUCCAUCAAUACGGAAGGAUGCCUCCAGUAUCUCAGGGCACCCAUUGAAAAAGCAAUUAUUUGCUUCAUGAUUUCAACAGUGUUGAUCUUAGUAUUUCAAUUGUUCAUUUUUUUGGUUUCAAGAAUUUUAUACACAUCUGCCAGAAAUGCUCUUCUUCUCGAAGAUCCCUAUGGUGUUGCCCCAGGAUGGAUUUUUGGAAGGGGAGACUGUGGUUAUACCGGCGGCAAAUCUGUAGCUGAGAUAAUGGCUGAAUAUGAAACCAGUGGCGAAACUUCAGAGAGUUCCAACAGAAGUUCGACACCAAAAUCCAAAAGAAGGCCGAAAUCCCAUAGAAGAAGUAAAAGGAAUGAAACAACUAGUGAGGAAGGUACUGAAUCGAACCCAAUUAGUUCCCUAGAACCGAGUAGAAGCGGGAAAACCGGCAGGAAAAGAAGACCAAGAACUUCAUCUGAUGAAGAGAAAGUUUGAUUGCGUAGUUCUUAGGGUUA